AUGGUUAGACACAAUAACCAAUUGCCAAAUAACUUAACUCAGUUGCAAAAUCUGGUUAAAAGAGACCCAGAUUCCUACAAAGAUGAAUUUAGGCAGCAACUUGCUCAUUUUGAAACCACCUUGGAAAUAUUUAACUUAAAUCCGACACAAUACAACAAGAAAUUGGAUGAACAAGCAAUGUUCUUAGCGCAGGUAACACAAUGUUAUCAAAGUGAAAUGAAGAAUUUCCCACAACAAAUCGUUGACAUACUGAAAACACACAACACCAUUCUCCAGAACGAUAUGAGAAUGGCUCUAUGUAAAUGUCUUAUUCUUUUACGGAACAAGAACUUCGUCAGCGCAUUUGAUCUCUUGGAAUUAUUUUUCUUUCUUAUCAAGUGUCAAGACAAAAACCUUCGAGAGUAUUUGAAGACACACAUAAUUACUGAUAUCAAAAACAUGAAUAUGAAACACAAGGAUAUGAAAUUAAAUUCUACACUACAGAACUUUAUUUUUACUAUGUUGCGGGAUACAAGUGUGAAAACAUCUAAACUUGCUGUAGAUAUUUUAAUUGAAUUGUAUCAUAAAAAUAUUUGGAAUGACAAUAAAACUGUUAAUAUUAUAGCUGAUGUUGGCUGUUUCACCAAAGUAACCAAAGUAAUGGUAGCCUCUUUGAAAUUCUUCUUAAGUAGGGAUGAGGAAGAGAAGCCAGAGACGGACAGUGAUGAAGAGGUUGAUCCCAGAGAUACAAUGAUAUCUAAUAAAUUUAAUAAAAAAACAAGGAAACGAGAAAAGAUGGUAGACAAAGUAAAGAAGAUUGCAAAGAAAAUAAAAAAGCGUAAGGAAAAAGCACCCAGUUUUAAUUUCUCUGCACUACAUCUUAUUAACAACCCUCAGGGGUUUGCUGAAAAGUUAUUUAAACAAGUAGAAUCAUCUAAUGAACGUUUUGAAGUGAAAUUGAUGACUUUAGAUGUAAUAUCAAGACUUAUUGGGUUACACAAUCUCUUUCUAUUUAAUUAUUAUCCAUUUCUUGCAAGGUUAUUAAUGCCACAUCAGAGAGAAGUCACAAGAUUAUUACAGUUUGCUGCUCAAUCAGCACAUGAGCUAGUACCACCUGAGGUUAUUGAACCUAUUAUGAAAGCUAUAGCAAACAAUUUUAUUACCGAAAGAAAUUCUACAGAUGUCAUGGCUGUUGGAUUAAAUUCUGUACGUGAGAUAUGUGCUCGCUGCCCUCUUGCUAUUACAGAAGAUCUUCUUCAAGAUUUAGUACAAUAUAAAACCUAUAAAGAGAAAUCAGUCAUGAUGGCAGCUCGAUCUCUUAUACAACUUUACAGGCAAUCUAUGCCUAAGAUGCUUCAUAAGAAAGACAGGGGUCGACCUUCAGAAGCAUCUAUAGAGUUAAAGACAAAACAAUAUGGUGAAAUGGAUAUAAAAGAGUAUGUACCUGGAUCAGAAGUUCUGUUAGAAAAAGAAGAAAUAACAGAAAAAGACAAAAAGAAGGAUAAGAAAAAGAAAAAUGAUGAGUCAGAUGAUGAGUGGGUAGAUGUUGCAUCAUCAGAUUCAGAGAUAAAUAUCUCAGACAGUGAUGAAAGUGAAGCUAGUGAUGAUGAAGAGGAUAAUACUGAAGAAAAAGAGGCACCAAAUGAUGAAGCAACUGUUGAAACUCCAGAUAAAAGUGUAAACACUAGAAAAAUACUUAAAGCCAGAAGAAAGUUAACACCAGAGGAAAUAAAAGAGAAAAUUGAAACAGCCCGUGAAAUCGCUAUGGACAAAAUAUUUACUGAUGAAGAUUUUAAGAGAAUAGAAGCAGCCCAGGUUAGGAAGCAUAUUUCAGGAGUAAAACGUAAAUCAGUUGUUACUGAGGAGGAAGAAGAAUCUUCAGAAUUGGUUAAACUUGCUGACAUAGAAAAUAUCUACAAAAAGAGGAAACAUGAUAAGAAUGCUAGACUCGAAACGGUAUUAAAGGGGCGAGAAGAGAGAGAUAAAUAUGGUUAUAAAGAUAGAAGGAAGAAUGCAAAUUGCUCUAAAACAAAUAGAGAAAAGCGUAAAACUAAAUCAUAUCAGAUGGUCAAACAUAAAGCCAGAGGUAAAAUAAAAAGGUCUUUCAAAGACAAACAAAUAGCAUUCAGAAAUUAUUUGAUUAAACAAAAGAAAAUGAUGUAG